CGCACUGGGAAAUAGCUACUAGCGACCUUUCGUGUCCUUCAAACAUCAGUUUCUUGAAAGCUGUGGACGCGUUGGUUUGGAUCUUACGGACGUCUCAUUUGGUCGUUGGUUUUGUCUCUUUAAAUUUAGUUUGGCAAGCAUUUCGAAAGCCUACCAAAAUGGUCUGGGUUACCAUCCACGAUAAGAUGGCUGGAAAGCCGAACACUCAAGCUUUGUACGCUCAAAGCCAGUUAGAUCAUAUGUGUGCCUUGGACAUUGACAGCCAUGCAUCGUUCGUUCGUCUUUCUGGAAUUAUUUGCACAAUCGGUCCGGCCUCAAGGUCCGUCGAAACACUCGAAAAGAUGAUCGAAACCGGCAUGAACAUCGCCCGGUUAAAUUUUUCUCAUGGAUCUCACGAGUAUCACGCCGAGACUAUUAGCAACGUGCGCCAAGCGCAGAAGAAUCUGUCCAGCCGGACUGGCAUCAACGUUCCUGUAGCGAUUGCACUCGAUACUAAAGGUCCAGAAAUCCGUACUGGACUUUUGGAAGGCGGUGGAUCUGCUGAAGUCGAAUUGGUUAAAGACCAGACAUUUAAAUUAAGUACCGAUAAGGCGUACAUGGAAAAGGGCAAUGCAAAUAUUGUCUUCGUAGAUUACGAAAAUAUUUCGAAGGUGUUGAAGGUCGGAAGUCGCGUUUACGUUGACGAUGGUUUGAUUUCCCUUGUAGUUACUGCGAUCAAUCCAGACGUGAUUGUGACUACCGUUGAAAACGGUGGAAUGUUAGGUUCUCGCAAAGGUGUCAAUCUACCUGGCUCUCCUGUAGAUUUGCCAGCCGUUUCUGAAAAAGACAAAUCUGAUUUGCAGUUUGGCGUUGAACAAGAGGUUGACAUGGUCUUUGCAUCAUUUAUAAGAGAUGCCAAAGCUUUAGCGGAAAUCCGUUCAAUCUUCGGUGAAAAAGGAAAGGACAUUAAAAUAAUAUCCAAAAUUGAAAAUCAACAAGGAAUGACAAAUCUCGAUGAGAUUAUCGAGGCUUCCGACGGUAUUAUGGUAGCACGUGGUGAUCUUGGUAUUGAAAUACCACCGGAGAAGGUAUUUUUGGCACAGAAAUGUAUGAUCAGUAGAUGUAAUAAAGUUGGAAAACCGGUGAUCUGUGCUACGCAAAUGCUCGAGUCUAUGGUGAAGAAACCACGUGCAACUAGAGCUGAAACAUCAGAUGUAGCUAACGCUAUACUCGAUGGUGCAGAUUGUGUCAUGUUAUCAGGUGAAACUGCCAAAGGAGAUUAUCCAUUGGAAUGUGUGCGCACAAUGGCUAAUAUCUGUAAAGAAGCAGAGGCUGCAAUUUGGCAGACACAAAUUUUCCAAGAUCUUACCAGCAAAGCGUUGCCACCAAUUGACGCUACUCAUGCUAUUGGAAUCGCUGCUGUCGAAGCGUCUGUAAAAUGUUUAGCUAGUGCUAUUAUAGUAAUUACGACUAGCGGUCGUUCUGCGCAUUUGGUUGCAAAGUACAGGCCACGUUGUCCAAUUAUCGCAGUAACUAGAUUCCAUCAAAUUGCGCGACAAGCGCACCUCUACCGUGGCAUUUUGCCUCUUUAUUACGAAGAAGCACCACUGGCUGAUUGGGUGAAAGACGUUGAUGUACGUGUUCAGUUUGGUUUAAAAUUUGGUAAAAGCCGUAAUUUCAUUCAGUCUGGAGAUUCAGUUGUAGUAGUCACUGGAUGGAAACAAGGCUCAGGAUUUACGAACACACUUCGUAUUAUCACGGCUGAAUAAACGUCUACUGGUACUGUAAGAAGCAGAAGAUACUAAAUAAUUCUAGAUUUUGAAAAUCCGAUAUUUAUGUAACUUAUACUAUGAUGUAUGGUAACCUUAGUAACAUUAUUGGGAGGAUAACACUCUGAAGAUGCCAGUAGCUGCAGUAUUAUUGCCAUUACAAUUAAAAGUUCAAAAAUACAGCGCACCGAACUGUAUAUAUGUGUAUAAUUACAUGUGUAUAUUAAUUUUUAUACAUAUACAUAUAUACAUAUAUACAAUAUCCAUUGUUAAACAAUAAAGUACAAUAAUUAUUUGAAACAGUAAAUUAUUGAAACUUGGAUUAUUGCUAGGAGAAACACUAUGUUUUAUUCUUUAAUUACUGUAGAAAGUAUAAAUAAAAAAAUUUAUUUUA